AUAUAUAUGCAUAUUGUAUAAUGUAUAUCUAGAUGCUUCAUGUAUCUGGUCUGGUCCCUGCCAGGUUCCUCUGCUUAAUCUCCCACCUCAUCCUCUCCAUCACCCUCCUCAUGUCCAAGCAGGAGAACAUCAAGGCUUGUCUUCCACUUGAGUACACCGAAGAUAUGAUGUACAGAAAAGAAACUGAGUUGACGGCUGGACUAGGAGUAGCCAUUGGACUUAUGGGAAUAGAAAUGAUAAGAAAAUACAAACCAUUCACCCCUCUCAAUAGCUCUUCAAAAAGAGAAGGUAUCAUUCGAAUCAUUAAAAUUUUUUCAAUCUUACUUGCAUCAAGUUUCCCUAGUGAUAUCUUCAAAACACUUUUGAAUGGUUGAUUUGGACGCAAUAAAGUGCAACAUAAAUCAUUUAUUCUAAAAGCAGAUAUUAGUACAUAUAUUCUAAGUGUCACUAUUAAAUACUUGGUGUUGCAACAUUUAUGUCAUAAAAAUUAAAGAUGACGCAAUAAUAGGAUGUCCAUUGAACACAUAUGAUGAGACCCACUAUCAAAAACUAACUAUUUAUAACUCCCUUCUGGGAACUCACAUAAAAAAACUAAAAAAUCUCUAAAUGAUGAUAUUCAAGCCAAUCCAUGUGAUAUGUCUUUUGUAUUUGCCAUACUGCAAAACAAAAACAAAUGUUUAUAAUAAAAAAUGAAAAAAAAAAUUUGGUUUUUUUUGUUUUGCCAAAUUUUGACCCUGAAGAAAAUAUAGGCAAAAAACGACCUAUAUACGCAUUAUCUGAGAGCA